AUGGCUAAUAACAAUAUAAAGAAAAUUGCUAAACAUUCAAAAAGAUUUGAAAGAACACAAACUGGCUGUUUACAAUGCAGGCAAAAAAAAAUAUUUCAAUUUAAUAAAGAUUCAUUAUCAAGAAAGAAUAGUUUAAAUGAAUCGAAAAAAUCUUUUAAAGAGAUUGAUUUGAAGAAAAAUCAAGAACAAGAUCAAAAAGAUGAAAAUGUUAUUAUAGAUGAUGAUGAAGAUAAUCAUGAAGUGGAAGAACAUAAUAUUGAAAUAGAUGAAGAUGAAGAUGAAGAUUUAAUUGAAACUCAACAAUCAUUAAAUUCCCUAGGUGAAAAAAUUGAACAAAUAUUAGAUGAUAAAGAAAUGAAACCUAUAGACAUUAAUCAUUCAAGAAAUGAUACUAUAAUAAGUGAAUUAAAUUCAAGAUCAGAUUCAAUAACUUCAUUAAUAUCAGAUUCAGGUUCAGAUAUUAAUAAUAGUAAUACAAUAACUCAACCAUCAACACCACCACCUUCAACAACUCAUGGAUUAAUAUUAAAUUUAUUACAACCAUCAAAUUAUAAAAUUAGUCAAUCACAAAGGGCAACAAAUAUGAUUCAUGAUGGUGAAUCAAUAAAUAAAAUUUUGGAUGAUAUGACUAUUGAAUUAAUUAAAAAAUCAAUAAAUAAUCUUCAAUAUAUUAAUUUUGAUCAAAAAUUAAAUAAUUAUCAGAAAUCAAAUGAAUCAAGUAAUUGGAAUUUAAUUGAUGGUGAUGAAACAAAAUUCAAAAAACAUCAUGAUAAAUCAAGAUCUAUAGAAGUUAUUGGUAAUGAUGAUGAUUAUUUUGAUCAACUUGCUGAUGAUUUUUUAAGUUUUGAUUGA